AAUCAGGAAUGAAACUUGGGGGUAGGUUUGGGUAGGUUUGACAUUGUGAGACAUCCGAAUGAUUCAGGUUUCAUGCUUGGCAGCGCAUGCGAUGUAAGCAAAGACUUAUCGCUGUACCUGACUGACUACAUAAGGUCGUCCAGGAUGGUCUUAUCGACGUAUUGCGCGCGAUACUGGUCAUGCGGAUAUUACCAUAGCAUGCUGUUGGCGGUAUAGUGGAUAUAAGGCACGCACCAGCGACAAGAAGGGUCUGGGAGAGCUACACGAACCCUGAAGAGGGAGAACGGACGGAUUGUCUGACAUGCGUGGAGUGCGGAUGUUCAGCGAGCAGUGAUGCCCUCCAUGAGUCAUCCUGUUAGUGCCAGCACCAUUGGGAGACAGCUGCAUGACACAGGACUACAUGCACGCAGACCAUUACGACGACUGCCCUUAACACCAUGUCAGUGUCGCCCAAGGCUACAAUGGUGCGUGCCAGACUGUCAUGAAGUGACUCAGAAUGGCAUCAGGUCAUCUUCAUUGACAAGUCCCGCUUUUGUCUUGGUGGAGACGAACGAAUUUGUGUGUGGAGGCACAGUGGUCAGUGCCAAGAGGAACGGUUUGUUGUCACGUGUCACAUGACCAGAAGGCCUAGUGUCAUGAUGUGGGGUACAAUUUCGUAGGAUGCCAGAUCACUUUGGUUUUCAUCACAGAUACUUUGACAGCCUAACAUUACAUUAAUGAGAUCCUGCAACCAGUGGUCCCUACCUUUUCUGAACGCACUGAACGUGCUGUUGCAACAGGACAACGCUCGUCCGCAUACUGCUGUCGUCUCGAGAGCUUGCCUUGAAGACACAGCUACUAUGCCAUAGCCAGCUGCAUCGCCAGACCUAUCCCCGAUUGAAAAUGUGUGGGAUGUUAUUGGAUGCACACUCAACCUCUACCGCAAAAUCUGCAUAGACUGUGUGAGAAUAUUGAAGCUGCAUGGGAUGGAUUAUUGCAGGACACCAUUAGGAAUCUCUACAACUCCAGGCCGAGAGGUCUGGCAUGUUGCGUUAGCAAACAUGGCGGCCCGACACCAUACUGAAAGACAUUACUUCUAUAGGUGUAGCUCAAUAAAUAUUGCCCACAUUUUUUUAUUAAUUAAUUAUUCCCGGUAACCUUUAUCUUCAUUCUGAAUAUCUUUGCAAUCCGACACUUCCUUCUGUGUGCAACUAUUUUUUUGACAAUGAAUGUAUACAAAGUGUUUUCUUUAAGCAUUACAUUGAAUAUCUGUAACUUGUAUUUGAUACAGAAAAGUAUUGGCACAGACAGCCACAUGAUCAUAUGAAGUUUCACCCCACAAAACAGGGAUAUUAUGGGGCAGCUUAAUUUAGAACAAUACAAUACAAAGGAUUUCAUUAAUGCAUUUUUGAUGUAAUUUACUGUUUUUCUCUGUAAAAAUCACAAUGAUUACUCAUAUUUACGUGUACCAGCAGGUUUUUGAAGAGUCAGUAUCAGGAUAUUAGCAGUGGUUCUUGGUAUUGCCCAAUCCUACUUAUUUGUUGUGCUUGUACUGUUUUGGAUGAACUUGAUACGAUGUGUUAUAAUAGCACAAGACAUAAACUACGGCGGCAGUGCUGAUGGAACGUUCUUGUUAUUCUACCUCCCUUCCUGAAGAUGGAGCUGAGGUGUCAAACUACUAAAGCCUGAAAAGAGUGGAAACAGUUCAUCAGCGUAAAGCCCCUCCUCUUUGGUGCUUUGGCGCGCAGCGUUCCAGUGCAGUGGUGUCGCUACACCGUGGUUCUGCCGCCAUUGCUUCGGCAAGCCUGGAGAGAAUAUGGCGGGCAUGAGCGCUUCAGCACCCGGCGCGGUUUCACCCGCGGGUCCAGUUGAGCAAGGGCUAAAGGAGGCUUUAAUUGAGACACUGACUGCCAUUCUUUCGCCGGUUCAAGAAGUGCGUGCCGCUGCGGAGGAGCAAAUUAAGGUGUUAGAAGUAACAGAAGAGUUUGGAGUUCACCUUGCUGAGCUCACUGUUGACCACCAGGGAGCACUUGCUAUUCGCCAGCUUGCCUCUGUCAUUCUGAAGCAGUAUGUUGAGACCCACUGGUGUGCCCAGUCAGAGAAGUUCAGGCCACCAGAAACUACUGAAAGGGCCAAAGCAGCAAUCCGUGAGCUUCUGCCAGGUGGCUUGCGGGAAGCCAUCAGUAAGGUGCGUUCCAGUGUGGCCUAUGCAGUGUCAGCCAUUGCCCACUGGGACUGGCCUGAGGCCUGGCCUCAGCUCUUCACACUUCUUAUGGACAUGUUAGUCAGUGGAGAUGUCAGUGCUGUACAUGGUGCCAUGAGAGUCCUCACAGAGUUCACCCGAGAAGUGACAGACACACAGAUGCCCCUGGUUGCGCCUGUCAUUUUGCCAGAGAUGUACAAAAUCUUCACCAUGGCAGAGGUAUACAGUAUUCGCACACGAUCCAGAGCAGUCGAGAUCUUUACCACUUGUGCCAACCUUAUCUGUGCUAUUGAGGUAUUUGAAAAGGGUGCUGCCAAAGCUUUGAUUUUUCCUGUGGUACAGCAGUUCACUGAGGCGUUUGUGCAGGCCCUGCAGAUGCCUGAUGGACCCACUUCAGACAGUGGCCUCAAGAUGGAGGUCCUCAAAGCCGUAACUGCGCUAGUGAAGAACUUCCCCAAAUCUAUGGUGUCCUCCAUGCAACAAAUUCUUCCCAUUGUGUGGAAUACACUGACAGAAAGUGCUUCUUUUUAUGUGAGAACAGAAGUCAACUACACAGAAGAAGUGGAUGAUCCAGUUGACUCUGAUGGGGAGGUUCUUGGCUUUGAAAACCUAGUCUUCAGCAUCUUUGAAUUUGUCCACACACUUCUGGAUAACAACAAGUUUAAGAGCACAGUCAGGAAAGCACUACCAGAGCUCAUUUAUUACAUCAUUCUCUACAUGCAGAUUACAGAGGAUCAGAUCAAAGUUUGGACUGCUAAUCCUCAGCAGUUUGUUGAGGAUGAAGAUGAUGACACCUUCUCUUAUUCUGUCCGAAUAUCUGCUCAAGAUUUAUUGCUGGUGGUGGCAGCAGAGUUCCAGAAUGAGAGUGCUGCAGCUUUAGCAGCAGCUGCAACAAGGCACCUCCAGGAGGCAGAGCAGGCCAAGAAUGCUGGCAGUGAGCACUGGUGGAAAAUCCAUGAAGCCUGCAUGCUGGCUCUGGGCUCAGUCAAGACCAUCAUCACAGAGAAUGUUAAGAACGGUCGCGUGCAGUUCGACAUGCAUGGCUUCCUUGCCAAUGUCAUCCUCACCGAUCUCAAUCUAGCAACUGCCUCUCCGUUCCUGCUGGGCCGGGCUUUGUGGGCAGCUAGUCGCUUCACUGCAGCCAUGUCCCCAGAGCUCAUCCAGCAGUUUCUGCAAGCAACAGUGAGUGGUCUACAUGACAGCCAGCCACCAUCUGUCCGUAUCUCUGCUGUGCGUGCUAUCUGGGGGUACUGUGAUCAGUUGAAGUUGUCGGAGAGUACCCACGUCCUGCAGCCCUACCUGCCCAGUAUCUUGGAGGGGCUGGUACAGUUGGCAGCGCAGUUCAGUUCAGAAGUCCUCACCUUAGUCAUGGAGACCCUUUGCAUUGUGUGUACAGUGGAUCCAGCUUUUACCACUAGUGCAGAGAACAGGAUCUGCCCUCUCACCAUUGCCAUCUUCCUUAAGUACAGCAAUGAUCCUGUGGUGGCCUCCUUAGCCCAGGACAUUUUUAAGGAGCUGGCUCAGAUUGAGGCCUGCCAGGGCCCUAUGCAGAUGCGCCUCAUCCCUACACUUGUGAGCAUCAUGCAGGCGCCGCCUGAUAAGAUUCCUUCAGGCCUUUGUGCUACAGCUAUUGAUAUCCUGACAACAGUUGUUCGGAACACUAAACCUCCUCUGUCUGAGAUACUUGUGUGCCAGGCUUUCCCUGCCGUGGCCCAGUGCACCCUUCGCACCGAUGACAACACAACAAUGCAGAACGGUGGCGAGUGUUUGCGGGCGUAUGUCUCAGUGGCUCUGGAACAGGUGGGCCAGUGGCAGGACGAGCAAGGCCACAGUGGCCUGUGGUAUGUCAUGCAGGUGGUCAGUCAGCUUCUGGACCCCCGCACGUCUGAGUUCACUGCAGCCUUUGUGGGCCGCCUGGUUUCCACCCUGAUAGCCCGUGCAGGCACACAGCUGGGGGAGCAGCUGGACCAAGUAUUGCGUGCCAUUCUCAGCAAGAUGCAGCAAGCCGAGACUCUGAGUGUUAUGCAGUCUCUAAUCAUGGUGUUUGCCCACCUGGUCCACUCACAGCUAGAACCUCUGUUGGAGUUCUUGUCCAGUCUUCCUGGGCCCACGGGAAAGCCGGCUCUGGAAUUUGUCAUGACUGAAUGGAUGAGCCGCCAGCAUCUCUUCUAUGGGCAGUAUGAGGGCAAAGUCAGUGCUAUAGCUUUGUGUAAACUCCUUCAGCAUGGUCUUAAUACCAAUGACAAGCGUCUGCAGGACAUAGUAGUCAAAGGAGAGGAAAUCUUUAACCAAGAUGAAGGAAUUCGCACACGCUCCAAAUCUGCCAAAAACCCAGAACGAUGGACCAACAUUCCCUUGCUGGUGAAGAUCUUUAAACUUAUUGUCAAUGAACUGUCCUCUGUAGUGGAGGCUAAUGCAAAUAGAGCAAAUCCUGCAGAUUGGAGUCAAGAUUCAGGAGGAAUGUGGGAGGAUCAAGAGGAGGAUGAGGAGGAGGAAGAGGAUGACGAAGGAUUAGAAGGGCAGCUUCUUUCAGACCUCAUAUCUUCUAACAAAUAUGAUGAUGAUUAUUAUGAGGAUGAUGAUGAAGAUGAUCCAGAUGCCUUGAAGGAUCCUAUAUAUCAAAUUGACCUUCAGGCCUAUCUGACAGAUUUCCUGACUCAGUUUGCCCAGCAGCCUUGCUACAGCAUGUUUUCUGGCCAUCUAAAUGAUUCUGAGAGAAGAGUCUUGCAGUCCAUUGGUAUCUAAGCUGUAAUUUUCCCCAUUAUCAGUGAAAAAAACUCUCCUUUUUCAGUGUUUACCACUUGGUCAUACGUUUCCAAACUUGGACUGGAGUGGACUUGGAAAGCCGUUUUAACUGGCACUUGCAAAACCCAGGCACAACUGAGGAGCGUUUUUCAAAGAUGAUGCACUUGCUGACAUGCCCUGCCCUGUCUGAUGGUCUGUUGAAGGAAACACUGAAACAAAAAACGCUAUAGAAAAAGGAAAAGGUGAGAAUCACCCUGAAUGGACCCCAGAGGGGAUUGGAAGGGUGGAGCAAAUGAUACAGUUAGUAGGGCACAAAUGUUGCCCAGUGGACUAAAGUGAAGCUUUCGGUGUAAUGAAAAGGGUUAAAAAAGGGUCUGUGAGUUCUUGCAAAGGGACCGAUAUCAGUAUAGAAAUGGUUAAGAAGUAUCAACUGUUGUCCAUUUGUAAUCCUCUCACUUUACCAAUUCAUGGUGUUCUAAAAUCUUUCUGUAAAGGAAGGCAUAUUUUGGCAGAUGAACUUUAACUUUGAAAAGUUGGAAAUAUUGGCGGCCUUAUCUGAACAAAUAGAUUUGUUAUUAUAAGCUUUUGUAAGCUGUGUCUUUAUGGCUGCGCAGUGUGGUGGGUAUGAGGGAUUCAUAUUGUUGCCAUGGUGAUCUAAAGCCUAUUUGUGUCCUUAUAUCCACUGGAGUUUUGGAUGAGAUUUCAAAAUAAAAGGCCCGUGAAAGUGUCAUUUUCAAA